GUGAUCGACCAUGUUAAUAAAUGAUAAAACCUACUAGUAGGUGUAGCAGGCCCCUUCUGACCCACAUGUAUGAGGCUGAUAACCACUGAUAACGGCCCAUUUAAUGACCUGAUAACAGUCUAAUCGGAUGGUGUUUGUAGUGAUGAAGCGAUGACCAAACUCCACCUGUCGGAAGAUGAAGAUUGUGAGAUGUGGUUGAAAGCUCAGGAAAAAAGCUAGUUAGUGAGCCUUGAUUUGAGAUUAUUUUUAUCAAACUGCUAUUUCCGAAAUCAAGAUGCUCAAUAACAAAAUAUAGUUUCGGUUCUGCAGAUAUUUCUUACACUGUAAGUCAAUGCUGCGUUCAUGUCACGUCAGAGUUAUCGUAAAUAACAGUUUCUGACUUUUAAAUACUGUUGUCAACGUUCAAGUCCACAUAACGACGGUCUGAAAAGGUCUAAAAUAGCCAAAUUAGUGCCUUAUAGUUCCUAGAGAGGCAAAUAAUAGAGCAAAAAAAUCAAAAUCUAUCAACACUGCUGCUGUAUUGCACAAUAACACACGGCUUAUCACAUACUGAUUACUGUUAAUCACGUACUGCUGCACUUACUGAUGUAAUAUGUAAAUAUGUACUAACACUCCUAUAUGUUUAUGGUUCUGUUUAUAAAAUAAAUGGGGUUUAUAUCAGAGUUAAAUGCACAAACUCUGGGGUUUAUAUUGUUUUAUGAGCAGAAAAAAAGUGCUGCCUAUAUUUUUCAUUUAAGAUACAUAUAUAUGGUGAUGGUUUUUAUUUUAUUGGGAAAUAUUUUUGUCAUUAUUUUUAAAAAGAAAUUUGUUUUUUUUUAAGAUUCAGUUAAAUAAUAUGUUUUGGAAAUGCGUCAUCAAGCUGUCAAAUAUUUCAGUAUUUGUAUGUUUCUACCAAUAAAUACUGUUUUACUGGUCAGACUCUCUCUUUCUGUCUCUCCAUCCCUCCCUCCCUCUCUCUCUCUCUCUCUCCCUCCUUCAUAUACAAGCUGUUGAAUCCCUCUUUAGUCUCAUUUUGGUGAAUUCAGGAGACGCCUGAAGGUGAAAUCAGAAUACGUCUUUAUUCCAGUGGAUAACAGAUCAUCUCUCUCUCUCUUUCUCUCUGUCUGCUGGGAGAAGUGUUUUCCUUUUGUUUUGUCGUCAGCAGCUCGACCUCUGGACGGGUCUUCAGCACCAUGGACAGCGCCUUGGACAGCCUGGACGCUGCAGGUUUCUUACAGAUCUGGCAACACUUCGACGUAGAUGAUAACGGUUACAUCGAAGGACAGGAGCUGGACGCCUUCUUCCAACACAUGCUGGAAAAAUUUGGGAUGAAGAGGGAGGAGAUAACGGAGGACAAAAUCAGACGACUGAGAGAAAGAUUCAUGUCUGCGUACGACACCGCCGCUGACGGACGUCUGCAGAUACAAGAGCUGGCCACCAUAAUGCUGCCAGAGGAUGAGAACUUCCUGCUUCUGUUUCGCAGAGAGACGCCACUGGACAACAGCGUGGAGUUCAUGAGGAUCUGGAGAAGCUACGACGCCGACAGCAGCGGCUACAUCUCAGCGAUUGAGCUCAAGGGCUUCCUCCAGGACCUCUUCCUCCAACACAGGAAGUCCAUCAGCCCUGAAAAACUGGAGGAGUACACCGACACCAUGAUGAAGAUGUUUGACAAAAAUCGUGACGGCAGACUGGACCUGAAUGACCUGGCCAGGAUUUUGGCCCUGAAAGAGAACUUCCUUCUGAAGUUUAAGAUGGACGAUUGCACUCAGGAGGACAGGAAGAGAGACUUUGAGAAGAUAUUUGUUCACUAUGACGUUAGUAAGACGGGUGCGUUGGAGGGCCCUGAGGUGGAUGGAUUUGUCAAGGACAUGAUGGAGCUGGUGAAGCCCAGCAUCAGCGGCACAGACCUGGACAAGUUCAGGAAAGCCCUGAUGGGUCACUGCGACAUCAACGGAGACGGGAAGAUCCAGAAGAACGAGCUGGCUCUCUGCCUCGGCCUCAAACUCAGCUAACGAACCCCUCACACUCUUUUCUUUCUUUCCUCCAUCAAACCUUCCUCUCUUCCAUCUUUCUACUCCUUACUUAAACUUCUCUUUUCUUUCUCUUUUUUCAAUUUGAAUGUGCAUCUUUUAUGUUUUCCCAUUCCUUUUCCCAUCCUAUGUUCUGGAAGUGUAUCUCCUCCUUCACUGGUUCUCAGUUUAGGUGUUUAAAGGCCACUCUAUCUACAUAUGCUCAUUAAUAUAAGCACAGUAUAUUUCCAUAAUUUAUAUAUUUUUCUGUAUUAAAACUCCUUGCAGAAGUGGAAUUAAUGUGUAUUAAAGGGAUAGUUGGGUGUUUCCCAGUGGGGCUGUAUGAGGUACUUCUCCAUAGUCAGUGUAUUACCAGACAGUACCAGUACGCACAGCACUGUAGCGUGGACGGGGACAGCAUCAACCCUCAUGAAAAAAGUAGUAUACUUCAAGUUUAUUUUAUGAAAUAAACUUAAAUAAAGUUCAAGUAUAUUUCCCAACUAUACUUUAUGUAAAUAAGUAUACUUGUAAAUGCACUACUUCAAUAC